AUGGGUGUUGGAAAGCCUCGAUUAGAUGCAUAUGAGAGGAUUCUGUCGCGUCUAUUCGAGAACCUAGCACUCUUCCAUAUUCUCAAAAGGGUAGAUGGACCACAUUCCAUUACCACCGAGACCCCGACGGGCCUCCAAGGCGCCAGGCGGAGGUUCCUCAACAGCUUGAGUUUCAUCUGCGAUAACCAUAAGGGUGGUGACACCACGACUUCAAUGGCCCUUGAGGCCAAGAACGAGGGCGUCGUAUUCUGGAUCGCAGCGAACUUGACGCCAAAGGAUCACAUCCUUGUGUUCCUGGCCGAUAUACUUGAAGACUUGAAGAACGAGCUAAAAGGAACAGACACAACCCGGAACGCUUUGAGUGAUACAUUGGCGAGAAAAUGCAUCGGAUUUGCUGCUCCAAGACUGAAGAAGGAAUGCAAGUUGCUUUCUCGAGCUGCAAGCUACUGCACCGGUUACCUCCAAACAAAUGCUACGACCCUAAAAGCAGCUGAGGUGAAAACCCUGAUUUGUUGGCUCGACCAAUUCUCUGUCACCAAACCUGAUACCUUGACGUUAUGUCGAACAGCCUACAAUGCUCGUCACGAUCCGCAGAUGGCGACAUUAGAAGCUUUGGGCCAGGAGCUCAGUGUUGCCCCAGAGGAAACCGAAAAGACGUUUCGUGCGGUUCGCCAUUUUGUCGGUCGUCUAGCUGAAAGGAUUCGAGUAUCUAUCAACCUCGUUCACGAUUCUGUUCAACUAGGUCCCUUACUCAACUCUUACAGGAUCAAGCGAGUAGAAGCUCCUGUAGCAUCAGUCGUUCCUCCAGCAGAUGGCCUCAGGAACUUGAACUCGAUACUGAAGAGGAUGCUUAGGGCUGACGACCCCCGUCUUGAGGACAUGCAGCACUAUCUGUCCCUACUAGAUGGACCGAUGAUGCUUGAGAGUGCCAUCAAGUCCAUGUACGAAGAAGAUCAUGGCCAGACACGUGUACAUGCAGAAAUACAGAUGUUGGAGGAGUUCCAUCGGAAUAAACGCAAUUUCGUGGGCCACGAUCGCUAUAUAGCAUGUAGCAAGCUCGCGUGUCUCUGCUGCAGAUUCUACUUCAGGCACCAUCCCGGGAAUUUCCAGGAGCCUGUAUCUCACCAAAAGGCGUAUCUGAACUGGCGACCUAUCGAACUACCAGGAGGUCACGAUAACGAGCAUUGGGAACACCAACGUCGUGUUUUGGCAAAUAUCAGUAGAGAGCUGAGCAGGGCUGUCGAGCAGCAGAUUGUGACGCAGCAACAACCUACUCCGUGGCAGCCAGACUCUUUGACGAAUAUCACGGCAGAUAUGGCAGCCGCCAGUCUUGCUGAAACCCAAGAGCCGUUUGAAAGUGAGGAUGGUUGGAGUGAUGUAGACUCUGCUUCACUGGCAAACCUUAACGAAGACGACUAUAGUGAUGAGGCCGACUCCAGUGAUGAAUCUGAUGGAGGUGCAUACUUGUAA